AUGAGACUCUAUAUUUGCCGCAGUUUGUCAGGAGUAAACUACCUGACAGGAAGUGUAUCAGGAGUAAACUACCUGACAGGAAGUGUAUCAGGAGUAAACUUCCCGACAGGCAGUUUGUCAGGAGUAAACUACCUGACAGGAAGUGUAUCAGGAGUAAACUACCCGACAGGAAGUGUAUCAGGAGUAAACUACCUGACAGGAAGUGUAUCAGGAGUAAACUACCCGACAGGAAGUGUAUCAGGAGUAAACUACCUGACAGGAAGUGUAUCAGGAGUAAACUACCCGACAGGAAGUGUAUCAGGAGUAAACUACCUGACAGGAAGUGUAUCAGGAGUAAACUACCUGACAGGAAGUGUAUCAGGAGUAAACUACCUGACAGGAAGUGUAUCAGGAGUAAACUACCUGACAGGAAGUGUAUCAGGAGUAAACUACCCGACAGGAAGUGUAUCAGGAGUAAACUACCCGACAGGAAGUGUAUCAGGAGUAAACUACCUGACAGGAAGUGUAUCAGGAGUAAACUACCUGACAGGAAGUGUAUCAGGAGUAAACUACCUGACAGGAAGUGUAUCAGGAGUAAACUACCCGACGAGAAGUGUAUCAGGAGUAAACUACCUGACAGGAAGUGUAUCAGGAGUAAACUACCUGACAGGAAGUGUAUCAGGAGUAAACUACCCGACAGGAAGUGUAUCAGGAGUAAACUACCCGACAGGAAGUGUAUCAGGAGUAAACUACCUGACAGGAAGUGUAUCAGGAGUAAACUACCUGACAGGAAGUGUAUCAGGAGUAAACUACCUGACAGGAAGUGUAUCAGGAGUAAACUACCCGACGAGAAGUGUAUCAGGAGUAAACUACCUGACAGGAAGUGUAUCAGGAGUAAACUACCUGACAGGAAGUGUAUCAGGAGUAAACUACCCGACAGGAAGUGUAUCAGGAGUAAACUACCCGACAGGAAGUGUGUCAGGAGUAAACUACCUGACGAGAAGUGUAUCAGGAGUAAACUACCUGACAGGAAGUGUAUCAGGAGUAAACUACCUGACAGGAAGUGUAUCAGGAGUAAACUACCCGACAGGAAGUGUAUCAGGAGUAAACUACCUGACAGGAAGUGUAUCAGGAGUAAACUACCCGACGAGAAGUGUAUCAGGAGUAAACUACCUGACAGGCAGUGUAUCAGGAGUAAACUACCUGACAGGAAGUGUAUCAGGAGUAAACUACCUGACAGGAAGUGUAUCAGGAGUAAACUACCUGAUAGGAAGUGUAUCAGGAGUAAACUACCCGACGAGAAGUGUAUCAGGAGUAAACUACCUGAUAGGAAGUGUAUCAGGAGUAAACUACCUGACAGGAAGUGUAUCAGGAGUAAACUACCUGACAGGAAGUGUAUCAGGAGUAAACUACCUGAUAGGAAGUGUAUCAGGAGUAAACUACCUGACAGGAAGUGUAUCAGGAGUUAACUACCUGACAGGAAGUGUAUCAGGAGUAAACUACCUGACAGGAAGUGUAUCAGGAGUAAACUACCUGACAGGAAGUGUAUCAGGAGUAAACUACCUGACAGGAAGUGUAUCAGGAGUAAACUACCUGACAGGAAGUGUAUCAGGAGUAAACUACCUGACAGGAAGUGUAUCAGGAGUAAACUACCUGACAGGAAGUGUAUCAGGACAUUAUGAUGUUUUAGGCGAAAAUUUUGAGGAAGGAGAAUCAUUUUCUGGUUUUGGUAAUUUAGAAUCAGAGAAGAAUUAUACCACGCCUGUCACUAGUGCCACUGGUGUUCCUGAGCAAAGUUUUGUCGCGUCAACAUCCUGUCCAGCCAAGCGCCGCUGCAUGGCACCACAUGGAGAUAAUGAAGAACAAAGCCCCUCAUCUUCAAUUAAUUUUCCCUCGUCGUCCCUUACCGCCCCUACUGCGCGUAGACGGACUUCAGCUCGUGGUCCACGGAUUCCUCGCUGUGGUGCCGCUGUUGCCGGUCGGAAGAUAGCAGGUGUAUUUAUGUGGAGUGAUGGAGAUUUUAUUCCAGAAACUCUUGUCUAUGACAAUACAAAUGUUGUGAUUACAGGCCUUUUCGCUGAUAAUGGUGAUCAAAUGUAUGAGAUGGACUUUUUUACCGCAUAUGUUAAUGAGCCGCUCAUGGAACUUAUUGUUCAGGAAACGAACAAAUACGCGGCUGAUCUCGUUGGUGAGGAGUUAUCAGAUUUUUCACGAUUACAGCAUUGGAAAGAUGCAACU